AUGGCACUCAAAGACCUCAUCCGGUCAAGAUGGUCUCGACUGGUUACGAAGGAGUCUGACAGUUCACCAUGGCCACCAACACUACAGACUGCAGAUGCCCAGAAUUCAUCUCUUCUGAUGAUACUGCCACCUGAGAUACGUCUUCGUAUCUAUGAAAUGCUCUUUGGCGGCCGCAUUAUCCACCUUGUCUGCUAUGAGCAGCGGCCCCGGACGAAAUCCCGUCUUGGAAGGUGGAAGGAUAAUGCAUGCCGGCUGCGAUGGUGGCAUUGUGUGUGUUCAUGCGAAAGAGGAGAGAAACUGUCAGAUUGGUCGGAGACGACAAUUGCUUUCUACAACUGUAGUUGCACGAAGCUGGUUUAUGGUGCAGCAGCGCAGCAACGGUAUGAGUUAGUCGAACAAGUGGAAAAGAUACACACCGCGCUCCUGCAAACAUGCCGACGGAUCUAUCUCGAAGCUGUACCCAUACUCUACGCGACCAACACGUUCUGCUUUGGCGAGGGGUCAUCAUCAUUAUCAUCACCAUCGUCCAACGUCGAGGUACUUCUAAAGUUCAAGCAGAUGCUCACUCCUGACCGAUUUGACCUGAUCACGUCUGUCGAAAUCCAUUACAAUGUCGGCGAAUCGCCGGAUGAUCCAAAGAGAGCCGGGUAUGAAACCCUGUGGGAGAUGCUUAUGGCGAUGCCGAAUCUGCGCAACUUGAGCGUUGCAGUCAUGGUCUAUCACACGAGUAUCGAGUCAAUGACCUUAGAGGAAUUCCACCGCUUCCUCAGGGCUCCCCUGGAGCGGCUGAGGGAAAAGAAGAAGAAGAAGGAACAGCUGAAAAAGGUUACCUUUUACACUUCUGCCUCUUAUGCCCCCUUCUUGACCAAGGAUACAGACGUGUUUGAGACGUAUGAGCUGCGGGCAGAGAUGCCUGAUAAUCUCAUUCAGCUUUGUUUUACUGGGCCUCCGAUUCCCAGUGCUGGUCGUCGUUUUCGUAGUACGAUUUUGCCUACUUGA